CCUCCCUCUAAAAGCACUCUGUGUGGGGAACAUAAGAGCCAGACCAAAGCUCAGAGAUCAAAGAUGGAGGUCUCUGUUCAGGAGCAGCUGCUGGACAUCCUGGAUGAUUUGGGAGAAGAGGAGCUGGAACGUGUCCACUUUUAUCUGCAGAUUGGACCUGGAGGUGAUUUCACGACCAUUAAGAAGAGCCGUCUGGAGAAAGCAAGCAGAACAAGAACAGUGGAUCUUAUGGUGGAGACAUAUACUACUGACCAUGUGAUGGAAGUGGCGAGGUCGAUUUUAAAGAAGAUUAAUAAAAGUCAGUCAGAGGGAAAAAAAACUAACAGUCAGUACGGAAGUCCUUCAGCCCAAGAAGUUUUAUCAAUGUCAUCAGAAGAGGCUCUUCAAAAGUGUCAGCAUACCCUUAAAUCUAAGCUGAAGAAGAAGUUCCAGUGUGUGUUUGAGGGGAUCGCUAAAGCAGGAAACCAAACACUGUUGAAUCGGAUCUACACAGAGCUCUACAUCACAGAGGGAGGGACUGCAGAGGUCAAUGAUGAACAUGAGGUCAGACAGACUGAAACAGCAUCCAGGAAACCACACAGACCAGAAACAACAAUCAGACAAGAAGACAUAUUUAAAGCCUCACCUGGAAGAGAUGAACCAAUCAGAACAGUGCUGACAAAGGGAGUGGCUGGCAUUGGGAAAACAGUCUUAACACAGAAAUACACCCUGGACUGGGCUGAAGACAAAGCCAACCAGGACAUCCAGUUCAUAUUUCCAUUCACUUUCAGAGAGCUGAAUGUCAUGAAAGAAGAAAAGUUCAGCUUGGUGGAACUUGUUCAUCACUUCUUUACUGAAACCAAAGAAGCAGGAAUCUGCAGCUUUGAAGACUUCCAGGUUGUGUUCAUCUUUGAUGGUCUGGAUGAGUGUCGACUUCCUCUGGACUUCCACAAAACUACAAUCCUAACUGACCCUAGAAAGUCCACCUCAGUGGAUGUGCUGCUGAUAAACCUCAUCAGGGGGGAACUGCUUCCCUCUGUUCACCUCUGGAUAACCACACGACCUGCAGCAGCCAAUCAGAUCCCUCCUAAAUGUGUUGGCAUGGUGACAGAGGUCAGAGGAUUCACUGACCCACAGAAGGAGGAGUACUUCAGGAAGAGAUUCACAGAUAAGGAACAGGCCAGCAAGAUGAUCUCCCACAUCAAGACAUCACGAAGCCUCCACAUCAUGUGCCACAUCCCAGUCUUCUGCUGGAUCACUGCUACAGUUCUGGAGGAUGUGCUGGAAACCAGAGAGGGAGGACAGCUGCCCAAGACCCUGACUGAGAUGUACAUCCACUUCCUGGUGGUUCAGGCCAAAGUGAAGAAGGUCAAGUAUGAUGGAGGAGCUGAGACAGAUCCACACUGGAGUCCAGAGAGCAGGGAGAUGAUUGAGUCUCUGGGAAAACUGGCUUUUGAUCAGCUGCAGAAAGGAAACCUGAUCUUCUAUGAAUCAGACCUGACAGAGUGUGGCAUCGAUAUCAGAGCAGCCUCAGUGUACUCAGGAGUGUUCACACAGAUCUUUAAAGAGGAGAGAGGACUGUACCAGGACAAGGUGUUCUGCUUCAUCCAUCUGAGUGUUCAGGAGUUUCUGGCUGCUCUUCAUGCCCAUCUGACCUUCAUCAACUCUGGACUCAAUCUGCUGGAAGAGGAACAAACAACCUCGAUGUUGUCUAAAUUAUUUAACAAACCAAACCUACAAUCUCUCCACCAGAGUGCUGUGAACAAGGCCUUACAGAGUCCAAAUGGACACCUGGACUUGUUCCUCCGCUUCUUCCUUGGUCUUUCACUGCAGACCAAUCAGAAUCUCCUACGAGGUCUGCUACCACAGACUGAAAGUAGCUCACAGACCAAUCAGGAAACAGUCCAGUACAUCAAGGAGAAGCUCAGUGAGAAUCUGUCUGCAGAGAAAAGCAUCAAUCUGUUCCACUGUCUGAAUGAACUGAAUGAUCGUUCUCUAGUGGAGGAGAUCCAACAGUCCCUGAGAUCAGGAAGUCUCUCCACAGAUAAACUGUCUCCUGCUCAGUGGUCAGCUCUGGUCUUCAUCUUACUGUCAUCAGAAAAAGAUCUGGACAUGUUUGACCUGAAGAAAUACUCUGCUUCAGAGGAGGCUCUUCUGAGGCUGCUGCCAGUGGUCAAAGCCUCCAACAAAGCUCUACUGGGUGGCUGUAACCUCUCAAACAGACAUUGUAAAGCUCUGUCCUCACUGCUCAACUCCCAGUCCUCUACUCUAAAAGAGCUGGACCUGAGUAACAAUGACCUUGAGGAUUCAGGAGUAAAGCUUUUCUCUGCAGGACUGGAAAGUCCUCAUUGUAGACUGGAAAUUCUCAGUCUGUCAGGCUGUCUGAUCACAGAGGAAGGCUGUACUUCUCUGGCCUCAGCUCUGAGCUCCAACCCCUCCCAUCUGAGAGAGCUGGACCUGAGUUACAAUUAUCCAGGAGACUCAGGAAUGAAGCUGCUGUCGGCUGGACUGAAGCAACUCACAAUCGACACAAACACAGUGAACACAAACCUCCAACUGUCUGACAACAACAGGAAGGUGACACAUGUGAAGGAGGUUCAGUCAUAUCCUGAUCAUCCAGACAGAUUUGAUGUUUGUGAACAGCUGCUGUGUAGCAAUGGUCUGACUGGUCGCUGUUACUGGGAGGUCGAGUGGAGAGGAUGGGUUUAUAUAUCAGUGAGUUACAGAAGAAUCAGAAGGAAAGGAGGGAGUAAUGACUGUGUGUUUGGACACAAUGAUCAGUCCUGGAGUCUGUACUGCUCUGAUGAUGGUCCUCGUUGUGUCACGCACAAUAAGAGACUAACAUCCAUCUCCUCCUCCUCCUCCUCCUCUGCCUCUAACAGAGCAGCAGUGUAUGUGGACUGUCCUGCUGGCACUCUGUCCUUCUACAGAGUCUCCUCUGACACUCUGAUCCACCUCCACACCUUCAAUACCACAUUCACUCAAACUCUUUAUCCUGGGUUUAUGGUCUGGUCUGGUUCCUCAGUGUCCCUGUAUCCAGAUGCCAGAAGAACACAGAUGAUGAGUGAGGCUGAAAGUCCUUCAUCCCGGGUUGAUGAGUUCAAGAUGAUUAAAACUUCCUGUGUUUCUGGUGUAAAACCAGACACACAGCCUAGUUUGUCGGAGGACAACACAGAGAUGAUCAAGUCAAGUUUCACACCUGAAGUCUACAGUGAAUCUGCACACAUCUUCUACAGUUUCAGGUGUCCUGGUCCAGGUGUGUUCCAGUGUACUUUGACUGGACUCAUGUUUGAUAUGAGUCAGGGGGCAGAGCUUCUGUACAGAACUGUCCAAUGGGAUGAAGGACUCCUUCAACAAGCCAGUAAGAUGGCUGCAGGCCCGCUGUUCAACUUCGAGAGUUCAGAGGAUGCAAUCCAUCAGCUCCACCUACCACAUUGUGUACCAAAACACGCUCUGCACUCCAACAGUUUGUCUGUCGUCCAUAUCUCUGAUGGUGAGAUGGAAAUCCUUAAGCCCCUAAACAUCACAGACACUCAUGUGAUUGUGGAAGUUACUCACCUCUCUUCCUUUGGCCUCGUCUGGCCUUUGGACAUGCUAAUGAGCUUAUGGCACCAGGAGAAAACCAUUUUGGGCCAAGUUUUGCUGUUCCUCCGUCCACCAAACCCCAGAACACAGACGCAAAACAUCAAUGUGUUUCUCCUGCCAAGGAACAUCCCAGUGAAAGAGGUGAGUGGGAAGCAUGGAUAUUCCAAACACAUUCCGGCAUCAUCUGACUGUGAAUUCUUCCAAGAUCACAGAUACCGUGUUCUCUGUCCAGUCGCCAGUAGAAUCCAGCCUGCAGAGAAAAAAUUUCACCCUGGUUUUGGACCAAACUACCAUCCAACAUUUGAGGUGCGCCUUCCUGCAAACACUGAAGAAAUGCCAAUAACAGUCCAGGACCAAGUGCAGACAGAGGUCUGGAGAUGGGACACUGAUCUAACCGAUGUUCAGAGCAGAGACAAUCAGCUGAGGCUGCAGAGCCUCCCACCAAACAAGCGUCUGUUCUCAGUUCGGAUUCAGUUUGUGGAAAAGGUGUCGGAUUCGACUCUGAACCAGCUGCUGGACAGGCUGCUCCAAGAAGAAAUUAUAAUUAUGGAGGAAAUGGAAGCAGCCAGAAUCAAACCCAGGGCUGACCGAGCUCGACAUGUUAUUGAUGUGGUGCGAAACAAAGGAGAAAGAGCCAGCUCAUGCCUGAUUGAUGCUCUCCGUAUGUUGGAUAGACACCUUUUUGACACCCUCGGCCUCAGCUAAGGUGGAGCUUCAGCUGGAUCUAAACAUUAAAUGCUUCACUCAUCAUACAUCAUCAUACUUUUUAACUGAUGGCACAUAAAAGCUUUGAAAAGUGUAUCUCAGGACCUGUCCAGACCCGCCCACUUCAUAUUGUGGUAUCAGUGGUUUUUGUCCACAGAUUCUUGAAAUUGCUGAAUUUCACUGUUGCUGGGUACCAUCCUGCUGUGUCUGGUUGUGAGUUACUUCCUGUGUGCAUAUGAUUGUAAUGUCAUGAUGGCAGCUGAAACCCAAAGCUGUGGACUUGGAUUUGGCUUUAUUUCUGCUUGUCUUCAUCAUUGCCCUGUUGGAUUAUAAUUCUGUGAAAGACAGUUGGUUAUGGGUUCCAUGUAUGCCCUGCCUGCUAGCAUCUCGCAGACUGCUGUUAUGUGCUGGAUUGUCUCUGGGGCAUCUUUACACAGCCUGCACCUGGGGUCUUGCCUGGUGUGAUAGACCCCAGCCUCUAUGGA